CCCAGAGCUCACUCACCUAGCUUAGCUAACCAGAUCCACACCAUGGCCGCCAAGGCAUCCCUCCUCCUCCUCCUGUGCGCCGCGGCGGCGAUGCUGCCGGCCCCGGCUUCCGCGGCGGACGACGGCGUGACCAAGUUCAAGGUGUACUUCCACGACGUGCUGGCGGGGAAGAGCCCCACGGCGAUCCGGAUCGCGGAGGCGGCGGCCACCAAGGGCUCCUCCACCUUCUUCGGCGCGAUGGUGGCCAUCGACGACCCGCUCACCACCACCCCCGCCGCCACCGGCUCCGCCAAGUCCAAGGACGAGGUGGGCCGCGCGCAGGGCACCUACACCUUCGCCGACCAGGCCACCUUCGGCCUCCUCAUGAACAUGAACUUCGUCUUCACCGCCGGGGACUACAAGGGCAGCAGCCUCACCAUCUACGGCAGGAACGAGGUGCUCUCCGCCGUCAGGGAGAUGAGCAUCGUCGGCGGGACGGGCAAGUUCCGCAUGGCGCGCGGCUACGUCCAGGCCAGCACCGUCGACAACGGCGCCGGCGAGACCGUCGUCGAGUACACCGUCUACGUCAAUCCGGCCGCGACGGCGUAGCUUAGCAUAGCACUAGCAGAGUCGGCUGCCAGUGCUGAAUUAGGUUGUGGUGUUUGCCCAGUGAUGAGCCCGGUCUUGCCUCAUGCUGAAAGCGAUGGUAGUUUUGCUUGGAAUAAAUUGAUUUUGUAGACUUGUUGCGUUUGUUUUCGCGAUGGACGAUGUAUUUACGGA